CCGAGCGGACCGCCGGCUGCAGGCAGCGAGCGCGGCUGGGCUGCGGGGCUGCUUCACCGCGUCCUCCGGGCCCGGGCCGCCCUCCUCCCGCACAGUGCGGCGCGGGGAGGCCCCGCGCCUUGACCACCCCCGCCCGAGCGUCUGCGCCUCCUCCUCCGCUCUGCAGGCGGGGACAGCCGGGCGCUCGGCACUCGGCAGCGCGGCCCCCUCCCGCCCCCGGCUCCCGACAGCAGAAGCAGCGGGCAGCGCCAGGGGCCGCCGCCGCCGCCGGGCUCCGUGGGGCUCGGGAGCCGGCCCCGGCCAGGAGGCGCGGAACCAUGGCCGAUGGGGGCGAGGGCGAAGACGAGAUCCAGUUCCUGCGAACUGAUGAUGAAGUGGUUCUGCAGUGCACCGCAACCAUCCACAAAGAACAACAGAAACUAUGCUUGGCAGCAGAAGGAUUUGGCAACAGACUUUGUUUCUUGGAGUCCACUUCCAAUUCCAAGAAUGUACCCCCAGACCUCUCCAUCUGCACCUUUGUGCUGGAGCAGUCUCUCUCUGUCCGGGCCCUGCAGGAGAUGCUGGCUAACACCGUGGAGAAAUCAGAAGGGCAAGUUGAUGUGGAAAAAUGGAAAUUCAUGAUGAAGACUGCUCAAGGUGGUGGUCAUCGAACACUCCUCUAUGGACAUGCCAUAUUGCUGCGCCAUUCCUACAGUGGCAUGUAUCUGUGCUGCCUGUCCACCUCCCGGUCUUCAACUGAUAAGCUGGCUUUUGAUGUUGGCUUGCAAGAGGACACCACAGGGGAGGCUUGUUGGUGGACCAUACACCCUGCCUCUAAGCAGCGAUCAGAAGGAGAAAAAGUACGAGUUGGAGAUGACCUCAUCUUAGUUAGCGUGUCCUCUGAAAGGUACUUGCACUUGUCUUACGGCAAUGGCAGCUUACAUGUGGAUGCCGCUUUCCAGCAGACUCUCUGGAGCGUGGCCCCAAUCAGCUCAGGAAGUGAGGCAGCCCAAGGGUAUCUCAUUGGUGGUGAUGUCCUCAGGUUGCUGCAUGGACACAUGGACGAGUGUCUCACUGUCCCUUCAGGAGAACAUGGUGAAGAGCAGCGGAGAACUGUUCAUUAUGAAGGUGGCGCUGUGUCUGUUCAUGCACGUUCCCUUUGGAGACUAGAGACACUAAGAGUUGCGUGGAGUGGAAGCCACAUAAGAUGGGGCCAGCCAUUCCGACUACGCCAUGUCACAACAGGAAAAUACUUGAGUCUCAUGGAAGACAAAAACCUUCUACUCAUGGACAAAGAGAAAGCUGAUGUAAAAUCAACAGCAUUUACCUUCCGGUCUUCCAAGGAAAAAUUGGAUGUAGGGGUGAGAAAAGAAGUUGACGGCAUGGGAACAUCUGAAAUAAAAUACGGUGACUCAGUAUGCUAUAUACAACACGUGGACACGGGACUAUGGCUUACUUACCAGUCUGUGGAUGUGAAAUCCGUGAGAAUGGGAUCUAUACAACGUAAGGCUAUUAUGCACCAUGAAGGCCACAUGGAUGAUGGCAUAAGUUUAUCGAGAUCCCAGCAUGAAGAAUCACGCACAGCACGAGUUAUCCGGAGCACAGUCUUCCUUUUCAAUAGAUUUAUAAGGGGCCUUGAUGCUCUCAGCAAGAAAGCGAAGGCUUCCACCGUCGAUUUGCCUAUAGAAUCCGUAAGUCUAAGUCUGCAGGAUCUCAUUGGCUACUUUCACCCCCCCGAUGAGCAUUUAGAACAUGAAGACAAACAGAACAGACUACGAGCCCUGAAGAAUCGGCAAAAUCUCUUCCAGGAAGAGGGAAUGAUCAACCUCGUGCUCGAGUGCAUAGACCGAUUGCACGUCUACAGCAGUGCAGCACACUUUGCUGAUGUUGCUGGGCGAGAAGCAGGGGAAUCUUGGAAAUCCAUUCUGAAUUCUCUGUAUGAGUUGCUGGCGGCUCUAAUUAGAGGAAAUCGUAAAAACUGUGCUCAGUUUUCUGGCUCCCUUGACUGGUUGAUCAGCAGAUUGGAAAGACUGGAAGCUUCUUCAGGCAUUCUGGAAGUUUUACACUGUGUUUUAGUAGAAAGUCCAGAAGCUCUAAAUAUUAUUAAAGAAGGACAUAUUAAAUCCAUUAUCUCACUUUUAGACAAGCAUGGAAGAAAUCACAAGGUCCUGGACGUGUUGUGCUCACUCUGUGUUUGCCAUGGGGUUGCAGUCCGGUCUAACCAGCAUCUCAUCUGUGACAAUCUCUUACCGGGAAGAGAUUUGUUAUUGCAGACACGUCUUGUGAACCACGUCAGCAGCAUGAGACCCAAUAUUUUUCUGGGCGUCAGUGAAGGUUCUGCUCAGUAUAAGAAAUGGUACUAUGAAUUGAUGGUGGACCACACAGAGCCCUUUGUGACAGCUGAAGCAACUCACCUGCGAGUGGGCUGGGCUUCCACUGAAGGGUAUUCUCCCUACCCUGGAGGGGGCGAAGAGUGGGGUGGAAAUGGUGUUGGAGAUGAUCUCUUCUCCUAUGGAUUUGAUGGCCUUCAUCUCUGGUCAGGUUGUAUUGCUCGUACUGUAAGCUCACCAAACCAACAUCUGUUAAGAACUGAUGAUGUCAUCAGUUGCUGUUUAGAUCUAAGUGCCCCAAGCAUCUCGUUCCGAAUUAAUGGACAACCUGUUCAAGGAAUGUUUGAGAAUUUCAACAUCGAUGGCCUCUUCUUUCCAGUCGUUAGUUUCUCUGCGGGAAUAAAAGUACGCUUUCUGCUUGGGGGGCGACAUGGAGAAUUCAAAUUUCUUCCUCCACCUGGGUACGCUCCUUGUUAUGAAGCUGUUCUGCCAAAAGAAAAGUUGAAAGUGGAACACAGCCGAGAGUACAAGCAAGAAAGAACUUACACACGCGACCUGCUGGGCCCCACAGUUUCCCUGACACAAGCUGCCUUCACACCGAUCCCUGUGGAUACCAGCCAGAUUGUGUUGCCUCCUCAUCUAGAAAGAAUAAGAGAAAAACUGGCAGAGAAUAUCCAUGAACUCUGGGUUAUGAAUAAAAUUGAGCUUGGCUGGCAGUAUGGACCGGUUAGAGAUGACAACAAGAGACAACACCCAUGCCUGGUGGAGUUCUCCAAGCUGCCUGAACAGGAGCGCAAUUACAACUUACAAAUGUCGCUUGAGACCCUGAAGACUUUGUUGGCAUUAGGGUGUCAUGUGGGUAUAUCAGAUGAACAUGCUGAAGACAAGGUGAAAAAAAUGAAGCUACCCAAGAAUUACCAGCUGACAAGUGGAUACAAGCCUGCCCCUAUGGACCUAAGCUUUAUCAAACUCACCCCGUCUCAAGAAGCAAUGGUGGACAAGUUAGCAGAAAAUGCGCACAAUGUGUGGGCGCGGGAUCGAAUCCGGCAGGGCUGGACUUACGGCAUCCAGCAGGACGUAAAGAACAGAAGAAAUCCUCGCCUUGUUCCCUACACUCUUCUGGAUGACCGAACCAAGAAAUCCAACAAGGACAGCCUCCGCGAGGCUGUGCGCACGCUGCUGGGGUAUGGUUACAACUUGGAAGCACCAGAUCAAGAUCAUGCAGCCAGAGCCGAAGUGUGCAGUGGCACCGGGGAAAGGUUCCGAAUCUUCCGUGCUGAGAAGACUUACGCAGUGAAGGCGGGACGGUGGUAUUUUGAAUUUGAGACAGUCACUGCUGGAGACAUGAGAGUUGGUUGGAGUCGGCCUGGUUGUCAACCGGAUCAGGAGCUUGGCUCGGAUGAACGUGCCUUUGCCUUUGAUGGCUUCAAGGCCCAGCGGUGGCAUCAGGGCAACGAACACUAUGGGCGCUCUUGGCAAGCAGGCGAUGUCGUGGGCUGUAUGGUUGACAUGAACGAACACACUAUGAUGUUCACACUGAAUGGUGAAAUCCUUCUUGAUGAUUCAGGUUCAGAACUGGCUUUCAAGGACUUUGAUGUUGGCGAUGGAUUCAUACCUGCGUGUAGCCUUGGAGUGGCUCAAGUGGGCAGGAUGAACUUUGGAAAGGAUGUCAGCACCUUGAAAUACUUCACCAUCUGUGGCUUACAAGAGGGCUAUGAACCAUUUGCCGUUAAUACAAAUAGGGAUAUUACCAUGUGGCUGAGCAAGAGGCUUCCUCAGUUUCUCCAAGUUCCAUCAAACCAUGAACAUAUAGAGGUGACCAGAAUAGACGGCACCAUAGACAGUUCCCCAUGUUUAAAGGUCACUCAGAAGUCUUUUGGUUCUCAGAACAGCCACACUGAUAUCAUGUUCUAUCGCCUGAGCAUGCCGAUCGAGUGCGCGGAGGUCUUCUCCAAGACUGUGGCUGGAGGGCUCCCUGGGGCUGGCCUUUUUGGGCCCAAGAAUGAUUUGGAAGAUUAUGAUGCUGAUUCUGACUUUGAGGUUCUGAUGAAGACAGCUCAUGGCCAUCUCGUGCCCGAUCGUGUUGACAAAGACAAAGAAGCUACCAAACCAGAGUUUAAUAACCACAAAGAUUAUGCCCAGGAAAAGCCCUCUCGUCUGAAACAAAGAUUUUUGCUUAGAAGAACAAAGCCAGAUUACAGCACAAGCCAUUCUGCAAGACUCACUGAAGAUGUCCUUGCUGAUGAUCGGGAUGACUAUGAUUUCUUGAUGCAAACGUCCACGUACUAUUACUCAGUGAGAAUCUUUCCUGGACAAGAACCUGCUAAUGUCUGGGUGGGCUGGAUUACAUCGGAUUUCCAUCAGUAUGACACAGGCUUUGACUUGGACAGAGUUCGCACAGUAACAGUUACUCUAGGAGAUGAAAAAGGAAAAGUGCAUGAAAGCAUCAAACGCAGCAACUGCUAUAUGGUAUGUGCGGGUGAGAGCAUGAGCCCCGGGCAAGGACGCAACAAUAAUGGACUGGAGAUCGGCUGUGUGGUGGAUGCUGCCAGCGGGCUGCUCACGUUCAUUGCCAAUGGCAAGGAACUGAGCACAUACUAUCAGGUGGAGCCGAGUACAAAAUUAUUUCCUGCGGUUUUUGCACAAGCUACAAGUCCCAAUGUUUUCCAGUUUGAGUUGGGAAGAAUAAAGAAUGUGAUGCCUCUCUCGGCGGGAUUAUUCAAGAGUGAGCACAAGAACCCCGUGCCGCAGUGCCCCCCGCGCCUCCACGUGCAGUUCCUGUCACACGUCCUGUGGAGCAGAAUGCCCAACCAGUUUUUGAAGGUAGAUGUGUCUCGAAUAAGUGAACGCCAAGGCUGGUUGGUGCAGUGUUUGGAUCCUCUGCAGUUCAUGUCUCUUCAUAUCCCUGAGGAAAACAGAUCUGUUGACAUCUUAGAGUUGACAGAGCAGGAGGAGUUGCUGAAAUUUCACUAUCACACUCUGCGGCUCUACUCAGCUGUCUGUGCUCUUGGGAACCACCGGGUGGCCCACGCCCUGUGCAGCCACGUGGAUGAACCUCAGCUCCUCUACGCCAUUGAGAACAAGUACAUGCCUGGUUUGCUGCGUGCUGGCUACUAUGACCUGCUGAUCGACAUCCACCUGAGCUCCUAUGCCACUGCCAGGCUCAUGAUGAACAACGAGUACAUUGUCCCCAUGACGGAGGAGACGAAGAGCAUCACCCUGUUCCCUGAUGAGAACAAAAAGCACGGCCUUCCAGGGAUCGGCCUCAGCACCUCUCUCAGGCCACGGAUGCAGUUUUCCUCCCCCAGUUUUGUAAGCAUUAGUAAUGAAUGUUACCAGUACAGUCCAGAGUUCCCACUGGACAUCCUCAAGGCCAAGACCAUACAGAUGCUGACGGAAGCUGUUAAAGAGGGCAGUCUUCAUGCCCGGGACCCAGUUGGAGGGACUACUGAAUUCCUCUUUGUGCCUCUCAUCAAGCUUUUCUAUACCCUGCUAAUCAUGGGCAUCUUCCACAACGAGGACUUGAAGCACAUCUUGCAGUUGAUCGAGCCCAGUGUGUUUAAAGAAGCUGCCACUCCAGAGGAGGAGAGGGAUACGCUGGAGAAAGAGCUUAGUGUGGAUGAUGCAAAGCUGCAAGGAGCUGGUGAGGAAGAAGCCAAGGGGGGCAAGCGGCCCAAGGAAGGCCUGCUCCAAAUGAAACUGCCAGAGCCAGUUAAAUUGCAGAUGUGCCUACUGCUUCAAUACCUCUGUGACUGCCAGGUCCGGCACCGGAUAGAAGCCAUUGUAGCCUUUUCAGAUGAUUUUGUAGCUAAGCUCCAAGACAAUCAACGUUUCCGGUACAACGAAGUUAUGCAAGCCUUAAACAUGUCAGCUGCACUCACAGCCAGGAAAACAAAGGAAUUUAGAUCACCACCUCAAGAACAGAUCAAUAUGCUUCUCAAUUUUAAGGAUGACAAAAGUGAAUGUCCAUGUCCAGAAGAAAUUCGUGACCAACUAUUGGAUUUCCAUGAAGAUUUGAUGACGCAUUGUGGAAUUGAGCUGGAUGAAGAUGGGUCUCUGGAUGGAAACAGUGAUUUAACAAUUAGAGGGCGUCUGCUAUCCCUGGUAGAAAAGGUGACAUACCUGAAGAAGAAGCAAGCAGAAAAACCAGUUGAGAGUGACUCCAAAAAGUCCUCCACUCUGCAGCAGCUGAUCUCUGAGACCAUGGUCCGAUGGGCUCAGGAGUCUGUCAUUGAAGACCCCGAGCUGGUGAGGGCCAUGUUUGUGUUGCUCCAUCGGCAGUAUGAUGGCAUUGGGGGUCUUGUUCGGGCGCUGCCAAAGACCUACACGAUAAAUGGUGUGUCCGUGGAGGACACCAUCAACCUGCUGGCAUCCCUUGGUCAGAUUCGGUCCCUGCUGAGUGUGAGAAUGGGCAAAGAAGAAGAGAAGCUUAUGAUUCGUGGAUUAGGGGAUAUUAUGAAUAACAAGGUGUUUUACCAGCACCCUAAUCUCAUGAGGGCACUGGGGAUGCAUGAGACUGUGAUGGAGGUCAUGGUGAACGUCCUUGGAGGUGGAGAGUCCAAGGAAAUCACCUUUCCCAAGAUGGUGGCCAACUGUUGCCGUUUUCUCUGUUACUUCUGUCGUAUAAGUAGGCAGAAUCAAAAAGCUAUGUUUGAUCAUCUCAGUUAUUUACUGGAAAACAGCAGUGUUGGUCUUGCCUCCCCAGCUAUGAGAGGUUCAACACCACUGGAUGUGGCUGCAGCUUCGGUGAUGGAUAAUAAUGAACUAGCAUUAGCUCUGCGUGAGCCGGAUCUAGAAAAGGUAGUUCGUUACUUGGCUGGUUGUGGACUGCAAAGUUGCCAAAUGCUGGUGUCUAAGGGUUAUCCAGACAUUGGGUGGAAUCCAGUUGAAGGAGAGAGAUAUCUUGACUUUCUCAGAUUUGCUGUCUUCUGCAAUGGGGAGAGUGUGGAGGAGAAUGCAAAUGUCGUGGUGAGAUUGCUCAUUCGGAGGCCUGAGUGUUUUGGUCCUGCUUUGAGAGGAGAAGGUGGGAAUGGGCUUCUUGCAGCAAUGGAAGAAGCCAUCAAAAUCGCCGAGGAUCCCUCUCGAGAUGGUCCCUCACCAAAUAGCGGAUCCAGUAAAACACUUGAUACAGAGGAGGAGGAAGAUGACACUAUCCACAUGGGGAACGCAAUCAUGACCUUCUAUGCAGCUUUGAUUGACCUCUUGGGACGCUGUGCACCAGAGAUGCAUUUGAUUCAUGCUGGUAAGGGAGAAGCCAUCAGAAUUAGGUCUAUUUUGAGAUCCCUAAUUCCCUUGGGAGAUUUGGUGGGCGUUAUCAGCAUCGCUUUUCAGAUGCCAACAAUAGCCAAAGAUGGGAAUGCGGUGGAGCCUGACAUGUCUGCGGGGUUUUGCCCAGAUCACAAGGCAGCCAUGGUUUUAUUCCUUGACAGGGUCUAUGGAAUUGAGGUUCAAGACUUCCUCCUCCAUCUUCUUGAGGUUGGCUUUCUGCCAGAUCUCCGGGCGGCUGCUUCUUUAGAUACGGCGGCUUUGAGUGCUACAGACAUGGCCUUGGCCCUCAAUCGGUACCUUUGCACAGCCGUCUUGCCGUUGUUAACAAGAUGUGCUCCUCUCUUUGCUGGCACAGAGCACCAUGCUUCUCUCAUUGACUCAUUACUUCAUACUGUGUAUAGACUUUCUAAGGGCUGUUCACUUACCAAAGCUCAGCGGGAUUCUAUAGAAGUUUGUUUACUCUCUAUUUGUGGACAACUGAGACCUUCUAUGAUGCAGCACUUACUCAGAAGAUUAGUAUUUGAUGUCCCAUUAUUAAAUGAACAUGCAAAGAUGCCUCUUAAACUGCUGACAAAUCAUUAUGAAAGAUGCUGGAAAUAUUACUGCCUGCCUGGAGGGUGGGGAAACUUUGGUGCUGCCUCAGAAGAAGAACUUCAUUUGUCAAGAAAGUUGUUCUGGGGCAUUUUUGAUGCCCUGUCUCAAAAGAAAUAUGAGCAAGAGCUUUUCAAACUGGCACUGCCUUGCCUGAGUGCAGUUGCGGGAGCUUUGCCUCCAGACUACAUGGAGUCAAAUUAUGUCAGUAUGAUGGAAAAACAGUCAUCAAUGGAUUCUGAAGGGAACUUUAACCCACAACCUGUUGAUACCUCAAAUAUUACAAUUCCUGAGAAGUUGGAAUACUUCAUUAACAAAUACGCAGAACACUCCCAUGACAAAUGGUCAAUGGACAAGUUGGCAAAUGGAUGGAUUUAUGGAGAAAUAUAUUCAGACUCUUCUAAGGUUCAACCAUUAAUGAAGCCAUAUAAGCUAUUGUCUGAAAAGGAAAAAGAAAUUUAUCGCUGGCCAAUCAAAGAAUCUUUAAAAACUAUGCUGGCUUGGGGCUGGAGAAUUGAAAGAACUCGGGAGGGAGACAGCAUGGCCCUUUACAACCGGACUCGUCGUAUUUCUCAGACAAGCCAGGUUUCUGUAGAUGCUGCCCAUGGUUACAGUCCCCGGGCCAUUGACAUGAGCAAUGUUACCCUUUCUAGAGACCUGCAUGCUAUGGCAGAAAUGAUGGCUGAAAACUACCAUAAUAUAUGGGCAAAGAAAAAGAAAAUGGAGUUGGAGUCCAAAGGAGGAGGUAACCACCCUCUGCUGGUGCCCUAUGAUACACUGACAGCCAAAGAGAAAGCCAAGGAUAGAGAAAAAGCACAGGACAUCCUCAAGUUCUUGCAGAUCAAUGGAUAUGCUGUAUCUAGAGGAUUUAAGGACCUGGAACUGGACACGCCUUCUAUUGAGAAACGAUUUGCCUACAGUUUCCUCCAACAACUCAUUCGCUAUGUGGAUGAAGCCCAUCAGUAUAUCCUGGAGUUUGAUGGUGGCAGCAGAGGCAAAGGAGAACAUUUCCCUUAUGAACAAGAAAUCAAGUUCUUUGCAAAAGUCGUUCUUCCUUUAAUUGAUCAGUAUUUCAAAAACCAUCGUUUAUACUUCUUAUCUGCAGCAAGCAGACCUCUCUGCUCUGGAGGACAUGCUUCCAACAAAGAGAAAGAAAUGGUGACUAGCCUAUUCUGCAAACUUGGAGUUCUUGUCAGGCAUAGGAUUUCACUAUUUGGCAACGACGCAACCUCAAUUGUCAACUGUCUUCAUAUUUUGGGUCAGACUUUGGAUGCAAGGACAGUGAUGAAGACUGGCCUGGAGAGUGUUAAAAGUGCACUCAGAGCUUUUCUGGACAAUGCCGCAGAGGAUCUGGAGAAGACCAUGGAAAACCUCAAGCAGGGCCAGUUCACUCACACCCGAAACCAGCCCAAAGGGGUUACUCAGAUUAUCAAUUACACCACAGUGGCCCUGCUUCCAAUGCUGUCAUCAUUAUUUGAACAUAUUGGCCAGCAUCAGUUCGGAGAAGACCUAAUACUGGAAGAUGUCCAGGUGUCUUGUUAUAGAAUUCUGACUAGCUUGUAUGCUUUGGGAACCAGCAAGAGUAUUUAUGUGGAGAGGCAACGUUCUGCAUUAGGAGAAUGUCUUGCUGCCUUUGCUGGUGCCUUUCCUGUAGCAUUUUUGGAAACUCAUCUGGACAAACAUAAUAUUUACUCCAUCUACAAUACCAAGUCUUCACGAGAAAGAGCAGCGCUCAGUUUGCCAACUAACGUGGAAGAUGUUUGUCCAAAUAUACCGUCUUUGGAGAAACUCAUGGAAGAAAUCGUGGAAUUAGCUGAGUCCGGCAUUCGCUACACUCAAAUGCCACAUGUCAUGGAAGUCAUACUGCCCAUGCUUUGCAGCUACAUGUCUCGCUGGUGGGAGCAUGGACCUGAGAACAAUCCAGAACGGGCCGAGAUGUGCUGCACAGCCCUGAACUCAGAGCACAUGAACACACUUCUAGGGAACAUAUUGAAAAUCAUAUAUAAUAACUUGGGGAUUGAUGAGGGAGCCUGGAUGAAGAGGCUAGCAGUGUUUUCCCAGCCUAUAAUAAAUAAAGUGAAACCUCAGCUCUUGAAAACUCAUUUCUUGCCGUUAAUGGAGAAACUCAAGAAAAAGGCAGCCAUGGUGGUGUCUGAAGAAGACCACCUGAAAGCCGAGGCCAGGGGGGACAUGUCAGAGGCUGAACUCCUCAUCCUAGAUGAGUUCACCACGCUGGCCAGAGAUCUCUAUGCCUUCUACCCUCUCUUGAUUAGAUUUGUGGACUAUAACAGGGCAAAGUGGCUAAAGGAGCCUAACCCAGAAGCAGAGGAGCUCUUCCGCAUGGUGGCAGAAGUGUUUAUCUACUGGUCGAAAUCCCAUAAUUUCAAAAGGGAAGAGCAGAACUUCGUUGUACAGAAUGAAAUCAACAAUAUGUCUUUCCUUAUUACUGAUACCAAGUCCAAGAUGUCCAAGGCAGCUGUUUCUGAUCAGGAAAGGAAGAAAAUGAAGCGUAAAGGAGAUCGGUAUUCCAUGCAGACCUCUCUGAUUGUAGCAGCUCUGAAGCGCUUACUGCCCAUUGGGUUGAACAUCUGUGCCCCAGGGGACCAGGAGCUCAUUGCUCUGGCCAAAAAUCGAUUUAGCCUGAAAGAUACUGAGGAUGAAGUACGAGAUAUAAUCCGCAGCAAUAUUCAUUUACAAGGCAAGUUGGAGGAUCCUGCUAUUAGAUGGCAAAUGGCUCUUUACAAAGACUUACCAAACAGGACUGACGAUACCUCAGAUCCAGAGAAGACGGUAGAAAGAGUAUUGGAUAUAGCAAAUGUGCUUUUUCAUCUUGAACAGAAGUCUAAACGUGUGGGUCGGAGACAUUACUGUCUGGUGGAACAUCCUCAGAGAUCUAAAAAGGCUGUAUGGCAUAAACUACUCUCUAAGCAGAGGAAAAGGGCUGUUGUAGCCUGCUUCCGGAUGGCCCCUUUAUAUAAUCUGCCAAGGCAUCGGGCUGUCAAUCUCUUUCUUCAGGGAUAUGAAAAGUCUUGGAUUGAAACAGAAGAACAUUACUUUGAAGACAAACUGAUAGAAGAUUUAGCAAAACCUGGGGCUGAACCUCCAGAAGAAGAUGAAGGCACUAAGAGAGUUGAUCCUCUGCAUCAGCUGAUCCUUCUGUUUAGUCGGACAGCUUUAACAGAGAAAUGCAAACUGGAGGAAGAUUUUUUAUAUAUGGCCUAUGCAGAUAUUAUGGCAAAGAGUUGUCAUGAUGAGGAAGAUGAUGACGGUGAAGAGGAAGUGAAGAGUUUUGAAGUCACAGGAUCCCAACGCAGCAAGGAAAAAGAAAUGGAAAAGCAAAAGCUUCUAUACCAGCAAGCCCGACUCCACGACCGUGGUGCGGCUGAGAUGGUGCUGCAGACCAUCAGUGCCAGCAAAGGUGAAACUGGACCAAUGGUAGCAGCUACUUUGAAACUUGGAAUUGCUAUUUUAAAUGGUGGGAACUCCACAGUACAGCAGAAAAUGCUUGACUACCUCAAGGAGAAAAAGGAUGUGGGCUUCUUUCAGAGCCUGGCCGGCCUGAUGCAGUCAUGUAGUGUCCUUGACCUAAAUGCAUUUGAGCGACAAAACAAAGCUGAAGGUCUUGGGAUGGUGACAGAGGAAGGAUCAGGAGAAAAGGUUCUACAGGACGAUGAGUUCACCUGUGACCUCUUCCGAUUCCUGCAGCUACUCUGUGAGGGACACAACUCAGAUUUUCAGAAUUAUCUGAGAACUCAGACUGGCAAUAAUACAACUGUCAACAUAAUUAUCUCCACUGUAGACUACCUACUGAGAGUUCAGGAAUCAAUUAGUGACUUUUAUUGGUAUUACUCUGGGAAAGAUGUUAUUGAUGAACAAGGACAACGGAAUUUCUCCAAAGCUAUUCAAGUGGCAAAACAAGUCUUUAACACUCUUACUGAGUAUAUUCAGGGUCCUUGCACUGGGAAUCAACAGAGUUUGGCACACAGCAGGCUGUGGGAUGCUGUAGUCGGCUUUCUUCAUGUAUUUGCCCAUAUGCAGAUGAAGCUGUCGCAGGAUUCCAGUCAAAUUGAGCUUUUGAAAGAAUUAAUGGAUCUACAGAAGGAUAUGGUGGUCAUGUUGCUGUCCAUGCUAGAAGGUAAUGUUGUUAACGGAACGAUUGGCAAACAGAUGGUGGAUAUGCUUGUGGAAUCUUCCAACAAUGUGGAGAUGAUUCUCAAAUUUUUUGACAUGUUCUUAAAACUGAAAGAUUUGACGUCGUCUGAUACUUUUAAAGAAUAUGACCCUGAUGGCAAGGGAGUCAUUUCCAAGAGGGACUUCCACAAAGCGAUGGAGAGUCAUAAGCACUACACGCAGUCAGAAACGGAGUUUCUUUUGUCUUGUGCGGAGACAGAUGAGAAUGAAACCCUUGACUAUGAGGAGUUCGUCAAACGCUUCCACGAACCUGCAAAGGACAUCAGCUUCAAUGUCGCCGUCCUUCUGACAAACCUCUCUGAGCACAUGCCCAACGAUACCCGACUUCAGACUUUCCUAGAAUUAGCAGAGAGUGUCCUGAAUUAUUUCCAGCCCUUUCUGGGCCGCAUCGAAAUCAUGGGAAGCGCCAAACGCAUCGAGAGGGUCUAUUUUGAAAUCAGUGAGUCUAGCCGAACCCAGUGGGAGAAGCCCCAGGUCAAGGAGUCCAAACGACAGUUCAUAUUUGAUGUGGUCAAUGAAGGAGGAGAAAAAGAGAAGAUGGAACUCUUUGUGAACUUCUGUGAGGACACCAUCUUCGAAAUGCAGCUGGCGGCUCAGAUCUCAGAGUCGGAUUUGAACGAGAGGUCUGCGAAUAAGGAAGAAAGUGAGAAGGAGAGGCCGGAAGAGCAGGGCCCGAGAAUGGCUUUCUUCUCCAUUCUGACGGUCAAGUCGGCCCUGUUUGCGCUCAGGUACAAUAUCUUGACCCUUAUGCGAAUGCUCAGUCUGAAGAGCCUGAAGAAGCAGAUGAAAAAAGUCAAAAAGAUGACCGUGAAGGACAUGGUCACGGCCUUCUUUUCAUCCUACUGGAGUAUUUUUAUGACCCUCUUGCACUUCGUGGCCAGCGUUUUCAGAGGCUUUUUCCGCAUCAUUUGCAGCCUGCUGCUUGGGGGAAGCCUCGUCGAAGGUGCUAAAAAGAUCAAAGUUGCAGAACUCUUAGCCAACAUGCCAGACCCCACUCAGGAUGAGGUUAGAGGAGAUGGGGAGGAGGGAGAGAGGAAACCCCUGGAAGCCGCCCUGCCCUCUGAGGAUCUGACCGACUUAAAGGAGCUGACAGAAGAAAGUGACCUUCUUUCAGACAUCUUUGGCCUGGAUCUGAAGAGAGAAGGAGGACAGUACAAACUAAUCCCUCAUAAUCCAAAUGCUGGACUCAGUGACCUCAUGAGCAACCCAGUCCCCAUGCCUGAGGUGCAAGAAAAAUUUCAGGAACAGAAAGCAAAAGAAGAAGAAAAGGAAGAAAAAGAAGAAACCAAAUCUGAACCUGAAAAAGCUGAGGGAGAAGAUGGAGAAAAAGAAGAGAAAGCCAAGGAAGACAAGGGCAAACAAAAGUUGAGGCAGCUUCACACACACAGAUACGGAGAACCAGAAGUGCCCGAGUCAGCGUUCUGGAAGAAAAUCAUAGCAUACCAACAGAAACUUCUAAACUAUUUUGCUCGCAACUUUUACAACAUGAGAAUGUUAGCCUUAUUUGUCGCAUUUGCUAUCAAUUUCAUCUUGCUCUUUUAUAAGGUCUCCACUUCUUCUGUGGUUGAAGGAAAGGAGCUCCCCACUAGAAGUUCAAGUGAAAAUGCCAAAGUGACCAGCCUGGACAGCAGCUCCCACAGAAUCAUCGCAGUUCACUAUGUACUGGAGGAGAGCAGCGGCUACAUGGAGCCCACUUUGCGUAUCUUAGCUAUUCUCCACACAGUCAUUUCUUUCUUCUGCAUCAUUGGAUACUACUGCUUGAAAGUCCCAUUGGUUAUUUUUAAGCGAGAAAAGGAAGUAGCACGGAAAUUGGAAUUUGAUGGGCUUUAUAUUACAGAACAGCCUUCAGAAGAUGAUAUUAAAGGCCAGUGGGAUAGACUCGUAAUCAACACACAGUCAUUUCCCAACAACUACUGGGACAAAUUUGUUAAAAGAAAGGUAAUGGAUAAAUACGGAGAGUUCUAUGGCCGAGACAGAAUUAGUGAAUUACUUGGCAUGGACAAGGCAGCUCUGGACUUCAGUGAUGCCAGAGAAAAGAAGAAGCCAAAGAAAGACAGCUCCUUAUCAGCUGUACUGAACUCUAUUGAUGUGAAGUAUCAGAUGUGGAAACUAGGAGUCGUUUUCACUGACAACUCCUUCCUCUACCUAGCCUGGUAUAUGACUAUGUCUGUUCUUGGACACUAUAACAACUUUUUUUUUGCUGCUCACCUUCUCGACAUUGCUAUGGGAUUCAAGACAUUAAGAACCAUCUUGUCCUCAGUAACUCACAAUGGCAAACAGCUCGUAUUAACCGUUGGCUUGUUAGCUGUUGUUGUAUACCUGUACACUGUGGUGGCAUUCAAUUUUUUCCGAAAAUUCUACAAUAAAAGUGAAGAUGGUGAUACACCAGAUAUGAAAUGUGAUGAUAUGCUAACAUGCUAUAUGUUCCACAUGUAUGUUGGAGUUCGUGCUGGAGGAGGGAUCGGGGAUGAAAUCGAAGACCCAGCAGGAGAUGAAUAUGAGAUCUAUCGAAUCAUCUUUGACAUCACUUUCUUCUUCUUUGUUAUUGUCAUUCUCUUGGCCAUAAUACAAGGUCUAAUUAUCGAUGCUUUUGGAGAACUAAGAGACCAACAGGAACAAGUCAAAGAAGACAUGGAGACCAAAUGCUUCAUCUGUGGGAUAGGCAAUGAUUACUUCGACACAGUGCCACAUGGCUUUGAAACCCACACUUUACAGGAGCACAACUUGGCUAAUUACUUGUUUUUUCUGAUGUAUCUUAUAAACAAAGAUGAAACAGAACACACAGGACAGGAAUCUUAUGUCUGGAAGAUGUAUCAAGAAAGGUGUUGGGAAUUUUUCCCAGCAGGGGAUUGUUUCCGGAAACAGUAUGAAGACCAGCUAAAUUGAACUCAGACCCCAAUCACCUCUCAAAACUAAAACCCCACCCCUUUCUCUCCCUCUAUUUCUCUGCUCUCUUGGAAACAUUUUGCUGAUUGUGUGAAUUGCCAGCGUUGUGUGUUUUCUGGGAGCAUCGAAACUCUGUUUCGGAAGACCUGUUUCCCCACCCCCCGCCACCUUCUGUAUUUACGUUGAGACUAAACACGGAAGAAUAAUCUAAAUUCGUACUCAGACAAAAAAAGAAUUCUGGAAAGAAAACCAUUCUGGACACUGUCAUAACACACAUAGACAGAUUUUCUUCUGAGGCUCCUGGAGUUUCCUUGAGCUACGGGACCUUCACAGAGACGCGUGGCAGCCACACUCACCCGGCCUCUUUAUUUCACCAUCCUGGAAGGAAGCUGUCUAAUGGUCACAGAGCACUGUAGCACUUAACAGACUGCCAUGGACACCAGUUGCAAAGGGAAAUAGUGCCUUACUAUAUGUGGGUUGAGCUAUGCAGAAGAUACGUGCAUGAAAAAACAUCUUUAUUUUCUUUAUGUCGACCUUUCUUUUCUUAGAUUGAUUUUGUGAGGUUUUUUUUUUUUUUUUCUCCUUUAGUCUUUUCUUUGGUGGGGGAGGGUAAGAAAAGCAGUUUGCACCUUAAAAAGAGAAAAAAAAAAAAAAAAGCGGGUGGUGUCUCAGGACGAAAGGAGGCUCUUCUCAUUCAGCUAAAUUCACAUUUGCCCUCCCCCCCCCACCCCCGCCAUAUGCUCCUGCUAUUAUUUUGGUAAUGCUCUGAUGCAACAUUGCAACUUUAUGAAAUCUUUGUAUGAAAACAAAAAGACUGCAAAAAAUACACUUUCAAAAGAAACCAUUCAUUGCAUGUUUAUUAUGCAAGUUUAAAUGAACAAAGAAAACCUUCGGAAACAAGUUGAUUAACGUGAGAGAAAUUUCAUGAUAAUUAUAUUCAUAGUAAUAAAGUGUCGUGGGCUUAAUUGUGUAUCUGGAGCCAGUGUCAUCCACCAACAAUGUGAUACGUUAUGAACUUGACAGUAGUUUUGGGCUUUUCUCUUUCUUUCAGCCACCUGUGAUCAGUUUUGUUGAUUAAGGACUUCUUGUCAGGUCAUUUUUUAAUAUUAAAGCUGAAGCAAUAUCCAUUCAGGGAUUUCAUCAGUUGCAUCACAAAACACGGAUGAUAAUAUACAUCACUCCAUUUUUUUUCCAUUUUGAGUCCUUUUAAAUGUAAUGCUAACCUUUACAAUUAAGAAGUCAGAUUCAGAAUGGAAACAAUGUCAUUUUGCAAACAUUGGAGCUCUUUUAUUACAAGUCUGCUUGUUAAUUUUAGAAUUGUAAAACCGCUCUGAUUAAACUAUUUAACUAAC